GAUAAGAUGACUUCAGAUCGAUAACGUGUGAUGUUGAUUUUUAAAAACCCUUUUAAAACUCUUGUAAAUCCGUUGAAAAGUCUAAUUAAGUGUGUUUCUUUAACAGAUGGCAUCAAGUGAUUUUGAACCCCUUGCACUACCAGAACCAACAUAUGGUAUGGGUUUAGAACCAAUUGUUGGAGCAAACAUAUGUCAACAUUCGGACUUAAGCCUAGUUGCCAAAGUUAAACAUGCAUUAGGAAAAGCAUCUUUCACGAAGCUUCAAUCUUCCUUCCUUGGGCACAUCAUCGAACUUUCGGCCAGAGACAUCAGAUUUUCUGGGAAAAUAUUCCACUACUUGAUGCUGAGAAGGCUGAAGACAAGAGGGAGAAACUUAUGGUUUACAGUCGACAUGCAACCUCUUCGGUUCUCCUUGAGAGAGUUCUUCCUUACAACAGGGAUUCAAUGCGAACCUAUUCAUAGAGAACCAAGGAAUAACGGCAAAGAUCCAAUUAGUGAACCAUAUUCUUGGGCGGUGAGAGGAGAUUACACUUUAACUCAACUUCAAUAUCGACUAUUUAAUGAACCAGAAGAGGGUGAAGAACCUUUGGAUGACAAGGAAAAGGAAUGCCUCGCUGCAGUGGUAUUAACAGAAGCUAUUUUGAUGACACCAAAUUCAACAGAGAAGAUACCUCUGUCUAGGCUUAAGCAUGCAUCGGAUUUCGAGAUGUAUACAGCCCAACCAUGGGGCAAGGAAGCGUAUAACAUUCUCGCCACAUGCAUUCAGAAAUUCGAUAAAAAUACUUGGUCAAAAGGUCAGUAUAGUGUCAAGGGAUUUCCCAUGGCGUUAUAUAUAUGGGCCUUGAGUGCUGUUCCAAUUUUUGGUGAUACAUUUGCGAGAAGAUGUAAUUUUUCCAGAACAUUCUAUCCACUGAUUCUCAACUGGCAAUCAAGUCGUUUUGCAAGGUUUGAUGAUAUUGUUGAAGCUAUUAAGACAGCAACUUGUGUUGAAGUCAAAACAAUAAUUGGAGAUCCACAAGAAUAUAAGCAUUUGGUUGAUAAAGAUGACAAUGAUUUUGAAGAAGUUAUUGGCUUGGUUAUGAAAGGCUAUAGGUUGAAGAAAGAAGAAUGGUCUUCUAGAUUAGUUGAUAUUUACUAUGCUUUGGGAGAGUUGGGUGACAAAAUGGGGGAAAAAUUGCCAGUCUUUGAGAAACAAGAGAAAAUGGAGAAAAAUUUGUCAGAUUCAGAAAAACUUGACAUAAUCCUCUUUAUGUUAGAUGACUUCAACAAAAGACUAGAAGCCAUUGAAGAAGCUGUCAAAACCACAUCAGGGAAAGAUAAGGAUAAAGGAUCUCACGAAGAUGAAGAUGGACAGAAUAGAAAUGAAGAGGUUAUAAAUGAAGAGGCUGGCAAACAAAAUGUUGAUGGAGAUAUUGCUAGAGAAGAUUUUGUAGAAAGCCAGUCUGCAGAUUUC